AUGUUAGAUGAAUGGUUUCUAUUGAUCGAUUACAAUAAGAAUAAUCAGGCUUUGAUGAAUCAAUUAGACGUAUUAGAACUCGAUUAUAGCGAUCAAAUUGAACAUCUGUUAAUAUUAGAUGAAAUGAUGCAAAAUAGUUCAAGACGUUUUAAACGUUUGAUAAUAAUUGAAAACAAAAUUCUUGUUUUACUUAAACUAGAUUUAGAUGAAAGUCGUUUAUCAUUGUUGCAUUUCAACGACAGAUAUGAUUGUGUAUUUCAACUGAUACCAAUUCGAACAAUUCAAAAUUUAACAGACUACUCUAUAGAGACAAAUCUUCAACAAUUAAUUCCAUUUCCAGAUGAUGCUGAGGGCGGUCAUAACUUUGUUGUCAAACGUUAA